CAUGGAGGAGCCGCUGCCGCUGCCGCUGCCCCAGGCGGCCCCGCCGCCCGCCCCGCCCGACACCGCGGCGCCCGCGGCCUCGGCGGACGGAGAGCCCUCGGCCGAGGCCGCCCCCGAGUGGAACAUCCCGCCCAACGCGCCUGCCUGCAUGGAGCGGCACCUGGAGCGCGCGCUGUACCGCGCAGACGGGGCCCUGCUGCUGGGCGCCUCCGGGCUGAACGGGCGCUGCUGGACCGGCUCGCUGUGGGUGUUCGCGGAGCCCCGGCGCGCCCCCAGCGAGGGCUUCUGCACGGCCGGCGUGCAGACCGAGGCGGGGGUGGCCGACCUGUGCUGGCUGGCGGACAGGGGCAUCCUGGUGGCCUCCGACUCGGGUGCGGUGGAGCUCUGGGAGCUGGAGGAGAACGAGAGCCUCAUCGUGAACAAGUUCUGUAAAUACGAGCACGAUGACAUUGUGACAUCGGUGUCCGUCCUGGCUGGCAGCACCCAGGCUGUCAGCGGGGGCAGGGAUUUCUGUGUGAAGGUCUGGGACAUCCCGGAGCAAACGGUGCUGCACUCCUACAGAGCUCACUCCGAUGCAGUGACUUGUGUGGCUUCCUGUCCUGGUAAGGACACUGUGUUCCUGUCCUGUGCUGAGGACAACAGAAUUUUACUCUGGGACACCAGAUGCCCCAAACCAGCUACCCGAAUUGUUUGCAGUGCCUGUAAUUACCUCCCUACCUCAGUCUUGUGGCAUCCACAGAAAAGUGACAUCUUUGUCUUGGGUGAUGAAAGUGGAACAGUUGCACUGGUGGACACAAAGAAUCCUGACUCUGCCCUCAGCACUGCUGUGCACACCCGAGCCAUCACAGGCUUUGCUUUCUCUGCACACAGUUCACCCUUACUGGCUUCCAUCAGUGAAGACUGUUCAGUUGCUGUUCUUGACUCAGACCUCUCAGAGGUGUUCAGAAACCGUUCUCAUCGAGACUUUGUAAAAGGCUUGUCCUGGUCUCCUUCAGAUGAUGCCUUGCUCACUACAGUUGGAUGGGAUCAUCAGGUUUUACAUCAUAAUGUCCCUCUACCAGCUGGUGAAGCUUCUGGAAUCAACUGUGUAAAAGAAUAGUUUUAUAAACUCGUGGUCCAAGUUCCUUGCUGGCAUCACUUUGAUUCUGCUGAAGUCGCAGGUGUGUGAGCUGGACUGGGCUCUGUUGUCUGCCUCAGAGCUUGUGGCUAAGAAGGUUCUUGUAGUAAUUUUGAAUUAGGCUUAAGUUAGUUACAAACCAAGCUUUACCCUUUCCUCGGGAGUGGCUUCUGUAAUAAAAGACUUUGGUUUUACUCAGAGAAAAUUGACUUCAGGCACAGAGGAGACUUAGAGAGACUGGAAAUUAGGUGUAAUGAAGAAAGAAAUAAAGUCAAAAAGACUUGAUUCUUUCAUCAGUUCCCCAGACUACCCAUGGAAUUAAUAGAAGUUUUUGGGGGAGGUUAGCAGCAUGCCUCUUGUUGGGUAGAUGUGAGAGCCUCACCCUUGAGCAAAGUUUUUUGCUCUGGAAAUCAGGUGGAAUGAAGACUUGUUGGGGUUCAAGGGCUGGAAGGGUUCCAGCAUUGUCCUUAAUGCAGCAUGUGGUGAGAGGAUGGAGCCUGCUGAGCACUGGCUGUGCACUGGUGUGAAGUCCCAGUGUUGGGUGUGAGGAUCCCAGCUGGAGCCCUGCAGUUAAACACUUUGGGAUGGUGCUGGAAUCCCGGGGUGCCCAGCACGUGCUGGCCCCGAGGCCAGCUGAGGGCAGAGCCAGGGGCUGGCAGGCAGGAGGGAGCAGUGCAGUGCUCUGGCACCAUGGGUCAUCUCCUCUGUGCUGAAGGCAACUUACUCAAGGCCAAGACCUGUGAACAAAAGGUUUGUGCGAGGGGAAACCUGGACUAAGGACUUCAGUUGUCAUUUGCUUGCUCCUGUACCAGGCUGUGCUUAGUGAUAACCCAGAUCCACGCACGUGUGACAAGUGACUUCUUGUGCUGGCACUGAGGGGACAGGACACUGCCCUACCCCCAAACCAGACUCCACCGAGCCCGUAGAGGUGUUUUUGUCAAAUACCACGUGCAUUUCUAUUCUAACUCAGCUUUCCCUGGAACAUGUUUAUCUGAUGGAAGUCACUGCUCUGCAUGCCUUGCUGCUGCUCUAGUUAUAGCUUGGUCUGGCCUAGUAUUUCCUAGACAGAAUUAAGCAAGUCCUGACUGAUGAAACAAAAAUACCGUUGAAAUUAAUGUUACCCCUGGUACUUUAGCAUGAUAGCAGCACUUGAAUGUACACUGCUUCCAGUUUUUAUCUCUGCAUACACAUAGGUUUAGUUUUGCAAAGCCCACAAUUAAUUUUUAGGCAGACUAAGCUUUCCCAGGCUCUGUACUUUCUCAUACUCUUUGUGAACCUUGCUCCUUGUUAAAUUCCCAUUUCAUACAGGUGUUCACAGUAACUUCCUGUUCUAGGGCAGCGUAUGACAAAUGGUAAAUGAUGAUAAAACCUGACACUUGAACCACAAAGUCCCCUGUUAGGGACUGUGAUGCUGUACUGAAACAGGUCUUGUGUUGGUUCUGAAAAAGGUGUCUUGGAAGAUGGUUUUCAUUUGUAACUGGUUUAAGUU